GCUUGUUCACCAACUGCCACUCUUAGUUUUUUGUUUUCUUAAUAUAUUUUAAUAAUUUAUUAACUUACUGCUUUUUUUAAAAAUACAUUAUUUUAAAAUUCAAUUUUAUUUAUUUUUAAAAAAUGAUUUUUAAUUUUUAAUAUUCAAAUUCAAUUAUCUGGUUUUCGACGUAAAAUAACUUGGAACUUACAUAUAUUCAUCAGUUAAAAAAAAAUAUAAACUACCUCUCUUGAUCAUCAUCAUUGAGCUCAAGAAGAAAAAGACUGCCAUGGAUGUCUUUGUCUUCUUGAGACCAAUGUCUGCGACACUAAAAUCUUCUCGUUAAAAUAACAAAUCAUCGGUUAAUCAUUCAUCUUAAAAAAUAAUUCAUUACCACAAUAUCACUCGUCUUAAUUACUUUACUUGUCUAAAUAGUAAUCCAAAUAAAAAAACCUAAAUUAAAAAUCAACCAAGAUACCAAGGUACAUUUGGAAUAAAGUAAUUGAGCGCCUGCGUGCAUUAUUGAUCGCACCAGAAGUGACUAGUCCUUUGAAAGCGAUCUGCGUCAUAGCAGAUCCCCAGACCCAGUUAAAUAUCUGGGAGUUGUCACCAGUUGCUGAUAAACUACGAUCAUGAGUGCAAGGAAAGAAAAAAGUAUCGUAAUCUGUAUCUUUUUACUGUUCCUUGGACCAGUGUCUAGUUAUGUAAUUAAUCCGUAUCGUCAUCCUGAGCUCCUGUCGAAUGUCGUCGAUGAGCUGCUGGAUCUGUUGACUGACAAAGGAAGAAAAAUCAAUGAACAGACUCAGCAGCUGUAUCCUGAAGAAAAUACCAUAUGGAAAACACCCAAAGGUCUUGGACAAAUAACUGGAGUUGGAGUUGAUCCUGCAGGUAAUCCUGUGAUAUUUCAUCGCGGUGAUAGAUCCUGGGAUUAUGGGAGCUUUGAUGAUACGUUUAAAUUCCGUGAAUCAUUUAGAGGACCUAUUACUCAAGACACUGUCCUCACAUUAAACCCACGAAGCGGCUCGGUGGAGAGUUCAUGGGGUUCUAAUAUGUUCUAUUUGCCCCAUGGACUUCACAUCGAUUCUCGCGGCAAUGUAUGGUUAACAGACGUUGCACUGCAUCAAGUAUUCAAAUUCACACCCGGUUCAACAAACCCUGACUUGAUCCUAGGCGAAGCAUUAACCCCCGGUUCAGAUAAUGACCACUUUUGCCAACCAACAUCUGUCGCUGUUGCUAAAACUGGAGAAAUAGUCGUAGCUGAUGGCUACUGUAACAAUAGAAUUAUUGUAUUUGAUCCAUUCGGAAAUAUCAUAAACAUUAUACCACAACCUGGAGAAUUUGUAGCUCUCCGAGUACCACAUGCUUUAACGAUCCUCGAGCAGGGUGACGUCUGCGUAGCUGAUCGUGAGAACAUGAGGGUAAUUUGUAUGUCACUUCGUGAAGGUUUUCCACCAGAUAACGACGAGGAUAAGCGAGGACCACCCUUAACGCUUCAUGCACCUGAUCUCGGUAGAGUUUUUGCUGUCGCUUCUCAUGGUAACACAAUUUAUGCUGUUAAUGGACCUACUUCGCCUAUGAUUCCUGUCAGAGGGUUCAUCAUGGAUCCCAAUAGCGAAACUGUUUUCGGACAUUGGGCUCCCACUUCAGGCAUGUUUACACAACCUCACGCAAUGACGAUUUCACCAAACGCUACAGAACUUUACGUAACUGAAAUAGGACCCAAUCGCAUUUGGAAAUUCGACCUUGUAAAAAAUUCAUCACAACAGGAAACACCUCUAGAGUAAAAAUAAAAUCUUUAAAAUAAAUAAUAAAAGUAGGGUAGGGUAUGACGGGAUACAAAAACCGAAAAACAAAAAUAUUAAUUUUUUUUCAGGAUCAGAAUUUUUUUUUUUGAUUUUACGAUAUUCAAAAGAUACAAUUUUUUUUUUAAAGAAAAUUUUCCAAAAAAUUGAACUUUUAUCAAAAUCAGUUACCAAAAAUUAUUUGGGCUGCGCCCGUAUUCCGUCGGCCCGCUCGUCUAAAAUUACUAAAUAUUUUUUAUCAUGAUUUUGAUUAUGUCUUUUUCGAUCAAUAUCAUGCAUUUACAUCUCACUGAACUCAGGAAAUUAUUAUUAUAUAUAAAUAUAAAUAUACGUCUAAUAUUAAUGAAAAAAAAAAAAAAU